GGGGUUUCUUCCAUUGCGUUCUCUACUACUGGACGGUUUCAGUACUUGAAUAGCACCUAUCUUCGCUACUUUCCAGGAUCAUUUCUCAAUCAGGCCACUUUCUUUUCCACUUACUGUCUCUGUCUCUGCACUAUCUACCUAUCAUGUCUGUCCAACAAGUCUCCUCUGAGCAGGUCUCCGUCUCUGGGGACUCUCUCCAAUCGAACCAAGUCUCACAGCUCCAACGCCACGGCUACCUCUUUGGCAAGAAAUUGACUGCAUCGCUGUCGCCGUUUCUUCAUAAUGUUAUUUAUCAAGAUUUGGGAUUGAAGUGGGGUCAGGUUAGACUUGAUUCAGCUGAUAUUCCUGGCUUUUUGGAGUUGGCGCAACAUCCCGACUUUUACGGCGCCUCAGUUACUAUGCCCAACAAAGUCGCCAUCAUUCCAUACCUAGAUGAACUCACAGAAGAAUGUCGCGACGUCGGCGCUUGCAACACCCUCUUCAUCCGUGAAAGAGACGGUCGCCGUAUCUUCUGCGGCGCAAACACAGACGUCAUUGGCAUCCGCGACUCAUUCUACCAAAACAUCGACAACCCCGACGCCGUCUUCCACAACAAACCCGCUCUCGUAGUCGGUGGCGGCGGUGCCGCUAGAAGCGCCAUCUACGCUCUGCGAAAAUGGAUGAAGGUCAAGACAAUCUACCUCGUCAACCGCGACGAAGCAGAAGUCACCGCUGUGAUCGCCGACUGCGCUGAGCGCGGCUACGGCGAGGGUCUACUCCACGUCAAGACCGUAUCCCAAGCACAGGUCCUCGAAGCACCCGGCGCCAUCGUAGCAUGCGUCCCCGACUUUGAGCCCGAGACAGAAGAGGAGAUUCGCGCGCGCGCAGUGACGGAGACGUUUUUGGACAAGGAGCAAAAGGGCGCUAUUCUGGAGAUGUGCUACAACCCCACGCCUUUUACGCGGCUGGGCGGUAUCGCGGAGGAUAAAGGGUGGAAGGUCAUUCUGGGAACGGAGGCGUUGAUUUAUCAGGGCUUGGAGCAGGAUAAGUACUGGACGGGCAAGACGUUGGAGGAGAUGCCGAUUGAAAAGGUGCAUGUUGCUAUUGCGGAGAAGGUUGCGCAGAGAGCGGAGGCGAAGCUGUGAGGUUUGUUUUUUAUGGGCAUAGAUAGCGUGCAUUAUUGGAGUUUUAUAUAAAUGUUUGGACUUUUUGUUACGAUA